AGCUUCGGGCACAUAAACAUACACGCCUGGUUUGACGAACAAAAAGAAAAAAAAAUGAUUCUUCCUGGAGAAGUUUCAUUACGUACCGACUCAACUAAUAAAUUAGUCUUCCUGGAGAAGAACCAGGCGCUACAAAUACCAAGAGAAGAACCAGGCAGAACUGCCUGAGAUCAGACUGAGACACCUCCACGAUCAACGAAGCAAGCGAACAUGAGCGGCACGACGGUGAAGGUGAUCGGCGCUUUCAGCAGCCCGUUCAGCCACCGCGCCGAGGUGGCCCUGCGCCUCAAGGGCGUGCCCUACGAGCUCAUGCAUGAGGACCUGCACAACAAGAGCGAGCUGCUGCUCAAGAGCAACCCCAUCCACAAGAAGGUGCCCGUGCUCCUCCACGGCGACCGCGCCGUCCCCGAGUCGCUCGUCAUCAUCGAGUACGUCGACGAGGCGUUCGAGGGCCCGCCGCUCCUGCCCGCCGACCCCUUCGACCGCGCCACCGCCCGCUUCUGGGCCCGCUUCCUCGACGACAAGUGCUCUACGCCGUUCUGGCUGUCGCUGUGGACGGAGGGCGAGGUGCAGAAGGGGUUCGUGAAGGAGAUCAAGGAGAACCUGAAGCUCCUGGAGGGGCAGGUGAAGGGGAAGCGCUUCUUCGGGGGCGACGCCGUGGGCUACCUCGACAUCGCCGCCAGCGGGUUCGCGCACUGGCUGUCCGUGUUCGAGGAGGUCGCUGGCGUGAGCCUGGUCACCGAGGAGGAGUACCCGGACCUGUGCCGGUGGGCCAAGGAGUACGUCUCCCACGAGGCGGUGAAGCGGUGCCUGCCGGACAGGGAGAAGUUGCUCGCCCAUUGCACCGCGAGGAAGGACUUCUUCGUGUCCACGGUGAAGUCAAUGGCGCCCAAGUAAUCUAUCACGCGUACGCUAGCUUGAACCAAAAGUAUAAUAUAAUCUGCCGAUGGAUGUUGAAUUUGCGUUCAUGGAUAACGUAUUGUAGCAAGCGGUCACGUAUGGCUGUGCGCGUGUGCGUUCAUGGAUAACCAAAAGUAUAAUAAGAGUAACUCCAGCAACAAUUUCUAAUUCUAA